AUGCUUCUCCGCAUCUUCGCCUUGUUGUGCCUCGUCGCUGGCGUCAGCACAGUCACUGUGACCGCUUGUGAGACGUUCUGCUCGUACGUCAACGGCGGACCAUCGAACAACUACUGUUCUCCAUUCAAGAGCUUCGCCGCCGAGACGAACAGAACGUGCUUCAACAAGUGCGUCAUGAAUUGCCUCACUCUCGGCGGAACGUGCAGAACCGAUCCGAUCUACAAGUGCUGUUUGAAGACGACUCCAAAGAAGAACGGAAACAACGAAUUCCAGAAGAGCGGAUGCAAUCGACUCUACGAUUUCAUUUUGGACUAA